GUUGCAAGUGAGGAACUGUCGCGUCCGCGUGGCGUUGCGAACGCGGCGUAGAACGCGACGUUACGGGAGCGCGCGCGCCUCCCCUCCCCCCCCGGCUCCGGAGGAUUCGCCUGCUUCUCUGUGUCUCUCCUUCUUCUUUCUUUCUCUCUUUCUUUCUUUUUUCUUCUCUCCCCCUUUUUCUCGCGCCCUUUCUUGUGCGAAGGAUUCCGAAAUAUUGUAAUUGUCGUGCAAUACGGGAAGUGGAGAACGUGGAAGAAUCGAUUAAUUCAACGAGCAAACCGAUCGGUUGCCAGAGCAAACCGGCGCCGCAAGGGGGUGUCAGAUGUCGCACGCGGCACCGGCCCCUUGACCUUCGCCGCCACGUUGUUGUCGUGCGAAGGAAGGAGGAGGUGCGCGAGGAUCGUCGGAUGAUCGGCGGCGGGAUCGAAGGAUCUCUCUUCUCCACGUCGGGGAUCCUUGGAACCAUGGAUAAAGACGUUCGACGGAAGUGCGGGAAAGUGCGACGUGCUCUGUUCCACCUGCUGCUGAUAGUGGGGGGCGCGACGGGGUUGAAGGAUUUGACGAUCAACGUGCCAGCGGUUGUGCGAUCGGGCGACACAGUGACACUCUCCUGCCAUUACGAUCUGGAAGGAUUGUCAUUGUACACGAUACAAUGGUUCCUCGAAGACACGGAAUUUUAUCGAUACCUGUUCGAGGCGGAUCCGCCCUACACCAUAUUCGAGGUCGAUGGAAUACACGUGAACAUUUCCAAGUCGAAUUCGCACGACGUGACGCUGGUCGACGUGUCGAGGAAGAUGACGGGGAUGUACAAGUGCGAGGUGAUGAGCGGGAAACCGUCGUAUCACGCGCAGAUCAAAAAGGCCAGGAUGGAGGUGGUGGACGCGCCGAAAACGGACCCGACGAUCGACACCGAGAAGGAGAGGAUCGCCGUGGGCGAGCUGUUACGGGCGAACUGCACGACGGGCAACUCGAGGCCCGCCUCCGCCAUUACGUGGAAGUUGAACAAGGAUCUCAUCGCGAACGAUAGUUUGGUAUACAGGACAAGAUACUUCGCCAUACCGCAGGACGACGAUUCUCAGGUGUCCAAGUCGACGAUAGACUUCAAGGUGACGAACGACAUGUUUCGAAACGGGAGGUUGCUCCUCCAGUGCACGGCCUUCAUCGCUGACGUGUACAGGGAGUCCGCCGAGAUCGAGAUCAGCGAGGACGCGCCACGCAUAGCCUCCAUCACCGGCGAAUCCCCACCGCGUGGACACCACAGCGGCGCAAGCUUAACCUGGACUGCCAUGACGAUGAUCUUCACUCUACCUGCCAUCUUGUUUCUUCUUUACCCUUCAAUGACAAUAACCGUGGCGCAUACAGCAUCCACGCGCAAAACUACACCUGCCAACAGGUAGCUCGUACGCCAAUAUACCACUAUACUCACUGCCUGACUCAAUUAACAAGAGAGAAAGAAGAAAAGGAAGAAAGAGAGAAAGAAGAAGAACAAGAAGAAGAAGAUGGAGAAGAUAAAAAAAAAAACAUCGUCCAUGUAAAACCUAGUAGUCUAGGGCUUCCAGUUAUGUAUGUUACUAUGUAUGGAGUAGAUAGCUCGAAUAACAAUUGAUUUUUAUUCACGAGUGGGCCUGUGUGUUAAGCGGGAGGUCGAGAAAGAGUAAUAAGGAAGUAUCGAUUUCGUUUCUUUCUUUUUCGCGAGUGAUUAACAAGCUCGAACAACGUCCUUGUGAUCCUGCAGCCAAUUCGACAUUCUUUUGUAUUUUUAAUAAUACGGCGAGAUCGGGUGAAAAUGGUUAGGAAGCGUUAGAUAGAAUAUGUCGAUCGCAACGACAUCUCUGCAAGAUUGCAACGAUGCUGUUGCGUUGCUUUUGUCUCGUCAACGCGAGGACUUUAAGCUGUGUCCUCACCGAUAAUAUUUUUUUUCGUUACUCUUGGGGUUAAAGUCUUUCUUUCCUUUCUUUCUUUUUUUUUUUUUCGUAUAAUUUACAUUGUAUAUAAUCUUUAAGUAAGAUUAGAUUUGUAUAGAAACGAUUAACUCGUUUUAGGGAAUCGAAAAGACACUUUUACGUAUUCCGCACUUGUACAUAAUACUUCGAGCCUUUUCCAUGGGAGAGAAGAGUUCAGUGAGAAUACAGCUUUAGGCACAUUAUCUCUAGUGAGAUCUCGCAACUAGAGACACGUGUACGCGACGCGGAGCAUCCACCGGUAUAUGCUUUUAAAGUAAAGUAAUGGACAUCUUACACGUAGCUGCUACGCGUACGUAACUCGGACGCGACAUCUCGUGGAGAGACAGUGAGUCUUAGUUCUUAUUUCCCAAAGGAGAUCGUCGUGACGUAUAUAUAUAAAGUCACUCACGAAAGUUUUCGUAGAACCUAUAAAAAGGCUAUUUUUAUUAAAAAAAAAUAUUAUAAUAAUAAUAAUAAUAAUAAUAAUUGUAUAAUAAUACCAUUAUUUAUCGAUGCAAUAAGAAAAAAGAAAUUGUAAGAAGAGACGAGCUCCUUAAAGAAAUAUUCAAUAAAAGAAAAAACGAAAUAUAAAUAGUAAACGUAUUGUAAAUUAUAUUAUAUUUCGUCAAACCUACUUGGCAAUAAAUUAAUUUUUUCCAUAACUUUUAAGGUAUAAAUUUAUAUAAAUUUCAUAUUGACGAAAGAUUAAGUGUCUUUAUAAGUUAUAUGAAGACAUUCAUGAGUGAUAACAGACGAAGUGAAACGAGUUAUUUCGUGGCUGAAAUUUUCUCGAAAUACCUGACACUAAGAAAUAAAGAGAAAAGAAAAAAAGAAGAAAAAUGAUGGAUGAGAACACGCGGUGGUUAAAUUCGAGGGGAGAACAGGGUGAAUCCUUUUAGGGGACGAAGAUGUUAUCGUAACCUCCUGUAACGCAAAUGCACGCCCCUGCGUAUAAAAAAAAAAAAAAAGAAAAGAGAGAAAAAAAACAAUUACGCUCAUCGAUCGUUAUUGCUCUGGCUUCUGGUUGAUUUUUUUUUUUUUUACGAUGAUUUUCGAUGGUCUCUUGUUCAAAUUUCAUUAUUUAUUUAUUUAUUUUUUUUUUCCAUGGUCUACGUUCCUUUUUUUUUUUUCGAUUCGAUUUCACUCGAAUUCGUUUAUCAAAACCCCAGUGUUCAUUCAGAGAGCGAGUCGAGGGAUAUAUAGAUAUACAUACAGGGGUAAAUUAAUAUUAACUGAGUAACGAAUAACGUUAGCGCAGCGACGAGGAACACGGCGUUCUGCUCAAUAUCCGCUCCUUUUAAGAUGUCUAACGAGGAACGCGACACACCAUAGGUACCGAUUUGUAAUCUGUACAAAUUGUAAUAAAUUACCAUACGAAAUACAA